AUCAGAGCACAAAGAUCCGUGUCUCUCUUCUCUGCUGCGUUAAUCAUCAUCGAAGGAAAAAAAAAAUUUCGGCACUGCCGAUCUCUUCUCUUCUGUUCGAGCCGUGCAUAAGCCAUGGCUCCUGUAUCCUCUAAUCCCAUGGAUCAUCUUCCUACGGGUCUCAAGUUGUUUGUCCGGAAUCUUCAAUCCCUAACCCCGGUCAAGCUUGAUGACACCAAUUAUCCCUCUUGGUCGGCCACCGUUCGUGCAAAUCUCCACGCUCAUCGUCUUCUCAGCUAUGUGGAUGGAUCUGAACCAUCUCCUCCACCUUUUCUUCUCGACGAGAAGGCUGCGGCACCGGGGAAGGAUGAACCCCCGGUUAUGAAGCCAAAUUCAGCCUAUGAAUCAUGGCAUAUUGUUGACGCUCAGAUUCGGGCCUGUCUCCUUGCUAUUGUCUCACCCACAGUUCAAACCCAUAUUCACGCUCUUCCCACCGCGGCUGCAAUCUGGAAUCAUCUCGAGCAGCGGUACAAUUCUCUUUCACGCACUCAUAUUUUUCAACUAAAAGAGCGUUUACAUGGUGUUACUAAGGGGACCGAUUCGAUGCAAACUUAUUUGGACACUGUUCUCACCAUUGUGUCGUCUCUCAAAUUGGCUCAUGAAGACAUCUCCGAACAAGAUAUUAUUUUGUGUGUUCUUUGAGAGCAAUAAUGUAAUUAAGAGUUAACUCAAAGCAAUAUAGUAAUAGUCCAUAAAGAAAUAACUCAAAAAAAUGUUGUAAUAAUCCAAAUGCUAGAAAAAUAUUAAAAAGGGUCACCUACUUCUUUUCACUACUUGCUUUUAAAGUUAUUGCUCUUUUUUUAAGUGGUUUUCUCUUUUUGCUGACCUUUUUUUUAGCUUGGAAUGUAAUAUCUCUAUUUGCUCCUCCUAAAGCAUUGCCAACUCGCUAUUUGCUAGAACUUUGGCCUUGCUCCAAGUCAUCAUUUGUAAGGGGGUGUAUUCUUAAUGUAGAGUUUAGAAUCUUUAGAUAGAACCAAUAAUUGAUUUCCUCUCUAGUAUUUCCAAUGCUUCUAUGGGAGAAUCAUUGAAAUGCUUCAACAUUAAAAUGAUUGAAGAAAAUGGGGUUGUCAUUUGGAGGGUCUUUUUUUUAAUUUCCCAAUGCAUUUAGCCGAUGAACCAGACUUUGUGUAAAUACUAAAAUGAGUUUGAUUCUUCAUCUCCAUCAACAUGAAAUUGCUUAGUCUUCUGCAUCCUCCUGAUCAGAACAACCAUUAUAUAUACAUAUGGUUCAUAUUUAUAACAUGGAACGUAUAGUCUAGGACCCUGUUUUAAAAGCCCUCCAGUAAAUCAGAGUCUAAGUU